AGGAUUGAGUCCGGUACUGCGGCUGCCGGAAAUGAUGCUAAAGCGUUGAGUUUGGUUGCUGCGCAGUGUAUAGUGGAAGGAAGGGUUCGGAGAAAAGAGGAAAAAAAAAGACAAGAGGAACGAAAAAUAGGUCGAGUAAGAUCGCUGAGUCAGACCGCUUUGGAUCUUUCCAGAAUCGUUAAUUUAUACAGACAUUGCUGAAGAAAGCCUACAAAAAGAAGCUGGUUUCCCAGUAGGCUAUGCAGCUCCUGCAUAUUCUCCCAGUAUGUACCCAGGGGCAAAUCCUACUUUCCAGACAGGGUACACACCUGGCACAGCAUACAAAGUGUCCUGCUCUCCAACCAGUAGUGCAGUACCACCUUAUUCAACAUCACCAAAUCCUUACCAGACAGCAGUAUAUCCAGUGCGGACUGCUUACCCCCAGCAGAACCCAUAUGCACAGCAAGGCACUUAUUUUACACAGCCUUUAUAUGCAGCACCACCUCAUGUAAUUCACCAUACCACAGUUGUACAGCCAAAUGGUAUGCCUGCACAAAUAUACCAAGCUCCGAUCCCAGCGCCCAGAGGAAACAGUGUUGCUAUGGGAAUGGUGGCUGGGACUACCAUGGCAAUGUCUGCAGGCACUUUGUUGACAACUCAUUCCCCUUCUCCUGUAGCACCUCACCAGGUCACAGUGCCAUCGUAUAGGCCACCAGGGACACCAGCAUAUAGCUAUGUUACUCCACAGUGGUGAUCCAUCCCAGCAGUGUUUGAAGAUGGGAGAUAUGCAAUCAUUGAAUUGAGAUUUAACAGUUGGUGCUGAUGCCCUCAUGCCUCCCACCCAGGACGAUGUGUAUGUGCUUCUACAGUACCAUUGCUCUCCACACCUUGCCAAACACUACUAUUAAACCUCCCCAUCACUGAAGAUUUACACUGCUGCAUAUCCGACAUCUUGGAACAUGGCAGUUCUAGCUCUUCAAACAGAACCUGUUUUUGUGGACUGUCUUGCAAUUUUAUAGUUAACUAUUAUGAUAAAAGGGAGCAUUACGUUCUGAUCCAUAUCUAGUUGAAUGCAUGUAUUAAAAUGCUUUGCUCGUCCUAUUUGCAAUGACUGAUAACAAACCACCAUAUGCAAAAAUCCAAAGGAAUCCCAAGUAAACAGAAGUAUUUUACAAUUUAGCAUAAAGUACUUUGUCUUAACAUUAUGUAAGGUCUUAAAUACAAUAAUUUGUGAAGUUGAUAAGUACAGUAAUAUGCUUUGGAUAAAUACUUAACACAGUUUUGUUGAUGGAUUUUCCAGUAAUAUGGACACAGGUUUUAUAUUUUAGGUAAUGUUUCUAUUGUUUCAUUCAGCUAAGAAAUUUGCAGGCUGCUUAAAGGGGAAAAUCUUAUGCAACAAUGCUGUUAACACCCCCAGCCUGCUUUGCAUUUUAGUAUUACAUUGUCAAUGUUUCCGGAGUGGGUAUUGAAAGAAGGGAAAAUUUUCAUGAUUUUAAAAAUUCAUGUAAGAAGUGUGAUGACAGUUUGUGGUCAAUAAGGCAUUCAACAGGCAUUUUAUAGUUUUACUGCCAAACAUUUUGUGGAGAAAGAUAUGGAAACCUGUAUGAUGAAUUUUUAUCUGCUUCACUUUUGUUGGAGGAAAGUAACAACUUGCUUAGCAAUUUGAGAAUUUCCUAACACACAUUUGUGUUACUUAUUGUGAGAUAAGAUACGUCCUGUCUUCACAUGUGGGAAUGAAUGCAGUAAUUUUAAGGGUGUUCAUUUAAAUUUAUGUACUGCAGCAUUGCUGGUACAAGGAAGGUAGGUGCUUUGAGUAGCUUUGGUUAGGCCCAUUUGGUACAGGGUUCUGUUUUCAGGAUGUUAUCAGUUGGUUUGCAGUUAUGUGUCGGUAGCAACACAGUUGACCUUCUGUAGCAGACCCCCACCCCUUCACUUGGGGAAAAAGAAAUGCAUGAACAUCUGUCACAGGUUGUUCUGAAACUUGUUUAAGGAUUGCUGACUUAGGAAAAAGGCAACAUUAUUUAAAUGUUUAGUAAAUAAGUAUUUCAUUUUGUAAAAUGCUAAAAUACGUAUAUAGCCCAGUACAAACUGAUUUUUUUCCUUUUUUUUUUUUUUUUUUUUUUUUUUAAUUGGAAGCCUGUUUUGAAGAUUGUUGCUCAUUUUCUCAUUCAUCCUCACCUGAAAAUGCUAAUAUUCUCUUGGGGGCUUUACUUUUUUGAUUGACAUUGUUAAGCAAGUCUUAAAUUCUGGAUUACUUAAACAAAUAGGGCAUAAGAAGUCACAUUUGGAGAUGUCAUGAUUGGUGUAGAACUAGAUGUGCUUAUGCACUUUAGCCCCAUGAGAAGUAAAAUUGCUUUUUUGUAGUGAAUUGGUGAGACUUUGUAAUAAGUUUUGCAAACGUUUCAAGUGAUUUUCACCAGUUAAAGUCCCAUGGUUGAUGCAUUGUUUGUUAUUCUUACUGAGUGGGUUCUUUGCAUUAAAGUGAUUUUAACCACCCCAUGCUCACAAAUAGACACUGAGCCAUAUUCCCUUGUUUUGUUUUUAAAGAUAACGUUUACAUUGAGGUAUAAGUCAGGGUUUUAUUAUUUUUAUAGUUUUCCAUCUUUAUUUUUAUAGUGAAAAAAUGUUGCAUUGUAAUAGGGUUCUUUAGUUGCAGCUUUUAUCUAUGCUAACUAUAGUGACUGUCCACUAGUAUGAAAAUGUACUGUGACACAGGUGGAAUAUUGUAUCUUUUCCCAUCUCUCCAGGUUGCAGGUCAGAAAGUGUGUGUACACAGACAUUUGCAGGGAGUUGAGCAUUCUUUGAAUACUAUUGCCUAAUGAAGGUUUAGUGUUUUAUUCAGCUUCUCACAAAAGUCUGAAGUAAUCCAGGCAUUGUUGAUGUAUAUUCCUGAGAGUAGUAUGCAGUCUUGCAUAGCAGCACUUAAUAUAGUUGACAAUCUGACUAGGAGUCCACCACAGACGGUACACUAAUGUUGCACUACAGAAUUUGUUAUAACCCCACCCCCCAUUCUUCCCUUUCUUUAACUUGCUUUAGUUUCAGUUGUGCAGUACAGUGGUUUCCAGCAACUGAAGUACAUGACCAAAACAGUUUACUGUUAACUGCAGUGGUGUUGCUUGUCUGGGAGUCCAUUGUAUUAUUCUUUCACUUAGCUUGUUACAUAUGUUUGGAGAAUGUUCAGAGAGAAAAAGUCCUUUUGAUUGCCAAGGAAACUAGAUUAACAUUGCAAUAAGCAAGGUGGGGUUAUUUAAAAAUUUUGUUUCUGGCCCAGUGAUUAUCUUUUUCUUGGAUAUCAGCAGACUUUGGUAAGAGUUUGUAUUUAACAUGCUUGAUGGUUAUGGCUGUGUUGUAAGUGUGCUGUUUUGUUUAAUUUGAUAUGAGUUUUUGUAGCAUUUUGCCAUUGAGCUGGACCCCAUUAAUAUCGUGGAUAGUAAAUAGCUUUUGUUAAGUCCUUGAGGCAUCUUAAACAGUGAGUGCAUUUAGAAGCAUUUUGUAAUUAUCAUCAUGAUAUGUGCUUGACAGGCACAAUUAGUACCUUCAGUUAGGAGAGGAGUUAAUUUGUUUUCUGCACAAUUGUUGCUAGAUGUAUAAAAACAUAGUGCUUUUCAUUUUCUUGCCCAUUGUUCGUGGGUACUGCUUAACCCAUAUGCAGGGCUGAAGUAGUGUUUUAUGACUAGUUUCAUGUUAACACUCUAUAUUGAGUUUUAACAGUGUGGAAGGUAAACGACAUGAAUGCAUGUCUGUGGAAAUGGAGGGGUACUUAAUGUUCUUUAAAACAAUACUAUUCCAGUGCUUGACCUUGCUGUCUGUAGAGUCUGCUGCCCUUUUUUAAGUUUUGUCCAUUUCACUUUUGCUUGACAGACCCAAGUAGAAUUUCUGAAACAUGUUUUUCUUUACACAUUUUCAUAUUUUUGAUGUUUCUGUAAUGACAUUACUAUAGCUAAGUAAAUAAUAAUUUCUGCCAUACUGAUUAAUUUAUACCUUGUUGAUUUAUCCAUAGCCCAAUAAGUUUCUUUUGGGUUGAAGAGGCAGAUGAAAAUUUAUUUAAUAUAUAUUUUUAAGUGGAAGUUUUUAGAUUUAUAUUGAUGAAACCGAUACAGUAUGUCAGUGAAAAUAGAAAAUGGUAAUAGUCUAGUCUUUAAAGCCACUUAAAAGUAGGUUUUCACCUGUGAUGUCUCCCAGUCAUUAUUUCAUGGAUGUAGUAAUUGUGUGGUGCAUUAUUUUGGAAUACACUUGUUUGCAAAAUUGAGAAGUCACUGGCAGGGUUUGUCCGUUUUGAAGUGCAGUGUUUCGUGCUGAGAACUCUAUAGUCUUAUUUGAUUAUGAAGCUUUGUCUGCCAUUUUGAGUAACUUUUUACAGGUGAAGUACUAGAAUUUGCCCACUAAUAAAGACAUUCUGUUUAUCCACUGAACCCGUCUGUAGCAGCUGUUUACUUUUCAUAUUGUUUCCCUUUCAUCCCUUUUUGCUUACUUCAUGCAUUUUUAAACAUGCGCCUCACCACUUUUGCUGGCUGUUUUUCAGUUUACCCCUUUGGUACUGCUUGAUAUUUCUUUUAAAUCCUCCCAACUAGUUCCAUUCUGAGGCUUUCCUUUUGUCUACACAUUCUUGAACUUGUUUAGAAUUUCUACAUCAUCUUCACCUUUGCUGAUUAGCCCUUCCUGUUCACCAUUUUAUAUGAAAUGAUACACUUCUGGUGUCCAGAAUGUCCUAUUUUAUAUGUUGCACUUAAAUGUCUUGACAUGUUUAUAGGUUCUUGCUAAGCUUACGGUCAAACGAAACCCUCAAAAAGCUCAGUAAGAUCACCAAGUACUGGCAAUGCCCCCCAUUAAGCAGACUUUUGCCACAUAUUCCUAAUGAAAAUUUGGAGUCACCCAUCCAGUCAUCCAGACUACUUUUACUGUCCUAUUCUUCAGGUGCUGCAUACUUUCUUCAUCUUCAACUGAAGUAGGUUCAGUUUUCACACCAUGAUCCUUUGAACAUGUUUCAGUUGCAUACAGCUGAAUUGCUUUUACUCUGUUGUUUUUUGUACAUGUGGCAUAUUCAUAAGUAGAUACAUUACUUUAAAGGGAUUUGUUGCUGUUUCUAUACCUACCUUUUGCACUACAGUAUGCAGUGCAUAAAUUGGCAAACAGCACCCCCUCCAUAGAGAUCAUCUUCAUAUUUAAAAUCGGCUGUUAACUUUGCACUUUCCAUGCACAGAGGAAAAAGGAAAUUUUAUCUUGGUGAAGUAGCCAUAGGCAAAAGCGUCUGUUGCUUCCAUAGACUUUAAUGUGUGCCCCAAGAAGGUGACCCAAUGAAGUCUAUGGAUGUAGCUUCCAUUACUCUAUGGUAAUGUCACAAGUGGUUUAAUAAAAAGUUUACAAAGCUUUUCAUUAAACUGACCAAAAAAGUAAGGAAAGGCAGGCUGGAAAAUACAUUGCGGCACUCAUGGAAUGCUGUGAUAUGUAUAGAAACAUUGGUAAAUCAUUUUAAGAUUCUUGUAUAGUAAAUUAUUACAUGCAUUUUUUUCCUUGCAUUUUUUUCUUGUUUGUGCAUCCACCUCAGGUUUAGAUGGUCUUUGUUACUGGUACUUCAGUAUUGAAGUUACUAGAGAUGAAUCACCAAAGUUUGUCUCAUGUUUAAACAGAUCACUUGUUCUUAAAUUUACAGGUUGCAGGACCUUAUGUUGUGAACCGGUCUGAAUUAAUUUGGCUUGUCCUGUUGUGGUAUGGUGGCUAACAUACAUUGUGAACUUUGUAUGCCAUAAAUUCCAGUUUCUGGAAUAUUCAUAAAAAGCAGUGUUGAGAACAUUUCACAUGUUAAGUACAAGGGCUUAAAUGCAAAUGUCUUUUUCCUUCCAGUUGCAGCAGUUUUGAUUUCUGAAAUGCUUCUGUUAAUUUUUUUCAUUUCUUUAAUAACCAAAUUAGCCAUUUCUACUUCACACGCAUAUAUCCUGAAAUUUUAGGAUGUUGAAGUGUGUUUUUAUCAGUGGGGUUUGGCUUUAUUGGCAUGGAUUUGUCCAUAACCGACUUAAAAAGAAAAAAGUUAUGGGCAUUCAGGACUGGCAAAUAACUGAAACACCUGAUUUCCUUAAAGGGUCAUUUCCAUAUAUCCCAUGUGCCUCUAAUAUAAGAGGUUUAAGGAAUCACACAGUGGAAACUCUAGCUUGGCUAGAUUUUUCUUUUAGUUUUUAGUAACAAGUUCUUCAGCAAAGCACAUACUGGCAACUUGUACCAUUGAGUAACAGUUUUGUAAGCUUUCAGUGCUCCCACCCCCAAACACACAUUCACAUAGACUACAGCUGAAGAGCAAAGAAAAAAGUAGUACUUCUGUGCAUACAUAACUCUUCACAACACUUCAGUAACCAGCACCUGCUAGUCUUUAACAAGAAACUGCUCCUUUCUGCAGUUACACAGUCCGUCAUUUAAGCAACCACACCGUAGCUGCGUUACUGCCCUACUGCUCUGCGAAUCACUCCGUCACAACAGCUUGCUCCCUCCCAAGGUAGCUGCCCACUGAACUCCACCCUUGCAACUUUCAUUGCAAAUUAAUGAAUAGCUAAAGAUGAAUGCUGUCUGUGUUGUACAUUUUGAAGUGUUUUUUUUUUCCUGAUUCUAACCAAUAAUAAUCAAAGAUUAGCACUGUUGUGAUGAAAGGAUAACCAGAGUGAAACCAGUACUCCUGUAUUAUGUUGGGGGGGGUGUAACUUCACUAUAUAGGUGUCAGCGUGCAAUAAUUGCUUUUCUAGGUUUUUGACGGAAAUGUAUAUUUUUAGCACAUCUUUUAUAGAUGCCUCCUAUACUGGAAAGCACCCUUAUUUUCAACAGUUUUCGUCUUUUCCAGCUUUGCAGCUUAAAUAACAUUUAUUUUAUAAUCUUAUGUAGCCUAGAAUACUUUUACAUUUAUAAAAAAAUACAGCUGUAUUCUAUUGCUUUAGCCCAGUAUUCUAUCAGAUCAUGUGCUGUCUAGACAGCAGGUGGAACUCCUACUGAAACAGCUCUUUGUUUACUGGGAGAAUUAGUUUUUUUUUUAUUACUUGGAAUUUGACUAUUUAAGAAUUGGUUGUGUUUUGUCCCCAUUUUCCCUGUCUUCCUGGGGAUUAUUGAUUUGUUACAAACAAAGAAGUAUAAUACGUACUACACGUUUCCUGACUCAUUAAGCAUUUUAAGGAUUUUUUUUUUACUUUUUUCCUCUAAAAUGUGUAGAUUUGAAGGUUGUGUAUGAAAGUGUCAAUAACAUCUAGUGUUUUUAAACCAGAUGAGUUGAAAUGGUUUAAAUUGUAAUGCCAUCAUAAAAUAGGCUGGUACAUAAGGAAAAUUAGAAUUUACUCUGCUAUUAUUGUGAAAAAAGGUAUUCUGUAGCAGGCAUAGGUUGCCCAUUUUAGUCUUAACUUGUCUUGUACAUGAGCAUUCCCUGCCUUAGUACACCAACAUCUCACAGUCAUGCUAAGAAUUUGACUGAUUCCCUGCUGCAUUUUUGUACUGCAGGAUAUGGAACAGUGUUCAACAGGUGCAUCCUCAUGGAUCAUGCACUAGAAAUAUUCGGCAUUGAUGCAUCUGAAUGAUCUUUUUAGGCAUUCUCUGAUUGUGUCCUUGUAGCCUCAGCUUGGCACAGUUCAGAAUUGUGUCCAUCUCUUGCACUUAGAAACAUGUGCACUUCCAGCCAGUACAGGUGACUUCAGAUGCCAAACUAGAAAGGUGUGUUCAGCCCAUGUGCUGAAGUGCAUCAAAAUUCAGCCCUGAUAUUUUGGUGUAGAGGAAUGUCCACAUUCUUUGCCUGCAGUCCAGAAGUCUUGUAAAUGUUCUUGUCAGAAAAGUUGUUGUGACCCUCCUGAAAAAUUGUCUGGAAUAGAAACACUACAGUGAAGCAGCACCACAGGUGACAGUUCUUUAUCUCCACUCUCCACAGGAGACAGAGCAGCUCAAGGCCUACAUUAUUGCAUGGAAUAUGCAGUGUGUGCUGUUUAAUGUCUGUAGGCCUUGUUUUCAUGGAUUCAAGAGCCACACAAUUUGAGAACAAAGUUUGAGACCAGGCCUGCCCCAGCCUAUCUUUUCUCGCACAUGCUGCCUCUAGCAGUGGGGCUUCAUCACUUGAUAUUUAGUCCUUGCGUAACAGUCGCCCAUCACUUUUCAGAUUUGGUGAUUCUUUGUCACCUUCUUCUAGGAGCUAGGAAAGUGCAUCAUUUUUCAUUGUUCAUAAUGAGAAUUCUAAAUGUCAAGAGGUCCUCCUUUCAAAGUUAUUCAAGGAUAAUAUAUUUUCAGUGAGCUCUAGUUGUCGUCACAUCUUAGAAUGUUUGGGCCACUUGGGGACCAGUUAUUCUUUAUAGCGCUCUUGGAACAGGUCCAUAUUAUUGUUGUCAAAGUGGCUAUUGAGCCUAUUCUCCCAACUGAGAAGGGCAAAUGAUUCUGCUUUUACCUUUUUUCUUGUUCCAAAGAGGAUGGGAGACUUCUGUCCUGUUCUGGGCCUUUGUGACCUCAUCAAGCGUAUCGGGUAUGUCAAGUUCUACAUAAAUACUCCCUAGGAGCACUGCUACUGUUGAAGUCGGGUGACUUCUUGUUGUCACUGGAUAUGACAGAUGCUUUCAGGCACUGAGUUAUGAUCUUUACAGAAAAUGAAUCUUUUGCCCAGUGUGCAUUUUGCUGUCAAUGCAAUUCGUUACUGUUACAUAUAUGUUCAGUAUGUUCUGCUAGCCAUAGUGAUAGAGGAUUUGACUGGAUGACUGACUUCUGGUGGCCCUGGUAGAGUUCCUGACCUGAGCACUUCAUUUGACUGUAGGCUGUAGUGAUCUGAAUAAACUUUAAGAUGUCCUUUCUGGUCUGUGCUCAAGAGAAAUUGUCUUUGAGUUAGAUAUAUUUAUUGCCUGCUGAUCCUGCCCUUGCAGAGGGCUUGAGAAGCCAUUGGCAUGUUAGGUGAAAAUGCAGAGAAAGGUGGAGUUUCAUGCCCUUCCUUAGCCUUGUGAUGGAGGUAUUCUGUGUUCUAGAUGUGUAGUCCAUAUGAUUCAGUUAUUGUAGUUGAUUGUAUGACCUCAGUUGCUUCAAGGCCUGCUUACUGUCGUGAACCUUCUGUUAAUGUUAUACGUUAUCCCUGUAUUUUGUUGUGGUAGACCAGUCCCACCAGCCCUUAUGUUGCUUUUUCCUUCCUGUAGCAGAAUCUUUUCCAGGUUCUUAUGGUGGACAGUUAGCUAGAUGGAUUGGGGAAUUUCCUAGCCACUCUUCAUGGAAAGUUGACCCAGGACCACAGGCUUCAUAUAAACCAUUUGAAGCUGUGACCAUUGUUCAUUGCUAAAAAAAGAAAGGGAAAAAAAAAGCCAUAGAAAGUGGAGAUGACACCGGAGCCCCACCCUUUGGUCAGAGAAAUGAUGGUCUGGUACAUGAAUAAACGGGAGACGUGCACUUGUACCCUUUGGUGCAGGAAGGUAUUGUUCGCAUUGUAGAUGUGCAGUACUCCUUUUUCCACAGCAGUAGACCUCUCCUAUUGUCCAAUCAGGGUCUACUAGGAGUUGGGAAAAUAAUUUAAAGAUAAACUCUUGAGGUCAAAGAGGAAGUUUCACCACUGCCCCCCUUUCAACUUUUUACACCAAAUUGCUUAGUGCUGCUUUCUACUUGUAGACGAAGCUGGUCCUGUUUACUUUGCAAGAAGACAUUUCUCCUUAAUAUGCUUGGUGAAAGGAUAGGGGCUACACAUGAAACAAAGCCAGUGUAUGAAAUAUAGUGAAACCAAUAACUAGAACAAAUGUUUUCAGCAUUCAGACUGCUGCAAGCCACUAUCCAUUUUAGCAGUUUUGCUGGAGCAGUGAGAUAAAUCAGAAUUUUCAGUGGUGGGGGUCCUGUUGUCUCACUUUCCUUAUGACACAUUUUCGCACAGCUUGUUUACUUUCUUGAAUGUAAAGGAUUCAGUGUCUGUUUUAUGAUCUGUUUUCAGUGCUGUACCCAUCGUGCAUAUUUCAUCAAGUUUCUAGAAAUUUGUUCUAAGGCUGGGAUCAGGGUUAUAGUAUUUUCUAUUGUUCCCUCAAGCCAAAUGAAAUUGAGCCUUGGUUUCCUAUCUUAAAAGAUUACCUGCUCUCUCUCUCUAGCUUUAUCUUUUUAUUGUGGAAAGCUGCACUCUAAAAGGAUUGCUUCCUGCCAUUGGUUUGUUUCACUGCCAGAUUUUCAAUGUUCUGUCACUUAUGGUAAACUUUCCUAACUUCUAGAAUUUUGAGUAUCUGCAUAGAACAUAGGCUGUAUACCACUGCUGGAAGGUGUGGAUGAAAUUAAUGCUUCCGUUGAGGUAGCAUGUAGAUGGUAUUGCCCUGGAACAUUUGCUCAAAUGAUGUUUGUACGCCAGCUUAGUUGAUGUUUUCUCAAUGUAAUAUGUGUACAGUUCACUUCUUUAAAAAGAAAAAAAGUGUUGGUUGCAUGCAGCAGAGGUACAGGAGAGUAGUUCUGGGUAUAGUUCUUGUUAAAUAGGCGCAGGCUUCCCUUUUUAUGACUUUUUGAACACUAUUGUUUAAGAAGUAGUUAUUUUGGUACUUUUUAUUUUUUUAGUUUAGAAAAGUGUUGUCUUCCGAAAGUUAAGGGGAAAAAAGCAUCACUUCCUUACACGUUGAAUGAUAACUGCAUCAAACACAGAGUGGAUUUUCCAUUCUGAGCCAGUUCGAUUAUGUGCAAAUUUCAUAUUUUUUUUAAUGAUCUGAUGAGUAGUUGAGCUCAGAAAAUUCGUAAAAGCACGUUUAUUGUAACGAAUUAUGUAUUAACACUUCAGUUUUCAAUAAAGAUCAACUUGUGUUGCUUA